AUGCAUUGUGCCCUCAUUUCUAAGAAGAAAUGCCAAGGGAAGGCAAAGAUAAAACUAGAGAGGCUGGUUAUGACAAAUUCAACACUGAAGGGGCUGGGAAAAUCCCGUGGCAGCUUCAAAUUUCAGGCAAGCAAGCUCUCCAGGGUGUCUUUCACUAGUGCCUUCCUCCUGAAGCCAGGCAGUUUCACCGGUCCUCCAGCAAUUGACUUGAAUCGGUAA